UUUAACUGGCGCAAGUGCCCCACCUUCCGGUCUUUCGGUAUUCGGCUCGGAGGAGGCUAAGGUGCAACUUUCUUCGGUCGUCCCGAAUCCGGGUUCAUCCGACACCAGCCGCCUCCACCAUGCCGCCUAAGUUCGACCCCAACGAGAUCAAAGUCGUGUACCUGAGGUGCACCGGUGGGGAAGUCGGUGCCACGUCUGCCCUGGCCCCCAAGAUCGGCCCCCUGGGUCUGUCUCCAAAAAAAGUUGGUGAUGACAUCGCCAAGGCAACUGGUGAUUGGAAGGGUCUGAGGAUUACAGUGAAACUGACCAUUCAGAACCGACAGGCCCAGAUUGAGGUGGUACCUUCUGCCUCUGCCCUGAUCAUCAAAGCCCUCAAGGAACCGCCAAGAGACAGAAAGAAGCAGAAAAACAUUAAGCACAGUGGAAACAUCACUUUUGAUGAGAUUGUCAGCAUUGCCCGACAGAUGCGGCAUCGAUCUUUAGCUAGAGAACUCUCUGGAACCAUUAAAGAGAUCCUGGGGACCGCCCAGUCUGUGGGCUGCAAUGUUGAUGGCCGCCACCCUCACGACAUCAUAGAUGACAUCAACAGUGGUGCAGUGGAAUGUCCAGCUAGUUAAGAACUGCAAAGAAAAAUAAUAAAGGGUUAUUUGACAAGCAGUGGACUUUCUGAUGUGGCCUCUUCCUUGGGGGAGCCUAGGCUUUGUGGUCAAAUGGUGGUCAUUGAGGCCAGGGUGACAGAAUCUGGGGAUGAAGCAGCAAUCUGUGGACAACACAUUUCUGUCCUGUAUGGGACUAGCUCAGAAGAUACCUAGAAAGGAAGUCUGCUUUUUGGAGACACAUUCAUGGAGCUCCUCAAGAAAAAGUUCUUGGUCAGAAAGAAAACUUGGGGAAUUAAACAUAAUAAACACCCAGGGAAGCAGCUCUUCAUCCCAAACCAGUUUAAUCAUUUGGUGGGUUCUGGGCCCAGGGCCCAUGAUUCAAGGCUUUGCUCUCCAUUCCAGUGUACAGCUGUGGUUCAGAACCACUGAUGGGACAACCAAAGAACCUGACCUUUAUAUGAGUCCUCUUCUGUAGUUAAUUAGCAGUUCCUAGACCUACCCUGGUUUGCUUUAAACCAGUCACAGACUAUUUUCUAAUGAAUGCUUUCACCUUU